AUGAUCUGUAUUAAGUUCAACUCUUGGUUCACCUUGACCACCUGCUGGAUCAUCCUUCCCAAUGUGGUCAUCAACUGUCUGUUUGAGGUCACUGUCAAGCCGUGUUCUUAUGUGACUGUAAGCUUCCUCAAACGUCUGCAUGAUACCGUCUUUACCAAUCUUUAUACUUCCAUUAUCCAUCGUGAAUUCCUUAACAGCUGCGCCAAUCGCCGUCUGGGUCGCAUUCCUGAUCUGCGCUUCGGCGGUGGAGUUGAAGGUGCCAACGGCGGCGGGAAGCUUUUCGACUGCAUCGGCAAGUUCAGUUAUUACUUUACUUUUAAAGUAACUCUGAAUUGUGUUGUUAACCAUAGUCCUCACCGCCUCCAACUUACUGUCCACGGCUUGGGCGGGGCUUACAUUUGGGUCGGUGCCGGGUUUGGUAGUCGCCGUGGUAAGCUGUUUGUCGAGUGCGUUGGCUACUUUGAGGGCGUCAUCUAG